AUGGAAAGAGGUCCUUCCCUCAGGGACGACGAAGACGACGAAGACGACCUCAAGAAGGGUCUCCGCAUGGACGACGACGACCUGCUCUCCCUCGCCCUCCACAUGUCCGCACAGGAGGCCGAGAACAAGGAGUACAGGCGUCAGGUCGCCGCCUUACUCGCGCGAGAGCCCGCUGGGGCCGGCGACGUCCCCGGAGCGGAGGGCGGCUGGCAGGAGGAGGCAGAGGGGCGUCCGGGGAAGGAGGAAGCUUACUGCCAUGAGGAACUUGAAGGUCUUGAUGGGAAAAAGCUCCGCCUUGAGAAGGAGGAGGCUGAAGGAGAGAGGAAAACAUGCUUCUGGUUGGAGGAGGAAGAAGAACUGCAACUGGCCAUGGCUAUGUCACUAUCUCUCCAGACAAGCGAGUAAGAGGCAGCAGAUUAUUAUGAUACAGAGUAAACGCGCUGCAGCAUCAUGAAGGAGAAUUGAAGCCCUAAACACAAACACACACAAUGUUUGUGGAAACCUCACGUUGGCAGUGUGAUUAUGCGGUAUCCGUGAAUUGUGGUCACCUACAUUUAUAUAAGAAGUACAGCUUAUUAAGUGAUUAUGUAUAGUUUAUUAGUGUAUAAUAUUCAUGGGAAAUAUUAUGCAGGCACAUCACAUUUAUUUACUCAGUUGAUUUUCAAAGAAUCUAAAUGGAUUCUGACUUUUUGUCAUCCAUACAUAUGGUCAUUGACUGUCCCAAAACCUAAAGAUAGUCCCUGUUAACAAAACUAAAAAGGUUUCACAGAUAAAACUCGAUUGCAAUAUCUCUUUAGGCUGUAAGAAAAGAAAAAUCUUGCAACUGGAGCACCAAGAGAAAUCUGGAAGAAAGGGUGUUGCAUUAACAUUAAUUUCUACAC